AUGGUGUUGGGCAUGCCGUGGCUUGCACGGCAUGAUCCUACAAUCGACUGGGAGAAGCAUACGGUUGUACGCUUCGGAUGCUGCGGCGCAAUAGAGAGCGAUGGCCCUGUUAGUGCAGCGGAUACACCUAACGUGGCUCGCGCCGCUGUCUCCAGUUGGAGCACGAGGAGCGCGCGAGCUGUAACGACUCCGGGAGUUGUUGACAGUAAAAGAGUGUCUGGUCAGGGACCAGACACUUCUAGAACGUUCUCCGCCUGUGUCAAGUUCUGGGAGUUGCGACACACUGCCCCGCCGCAAGGCGUAGAGGUGACGACAAAGCAUCGAUUCCCAGAGUCGAUGCGACAAGCUGUGUGGACGGUUGCAAACGUCCAGCACUAA